ACAUUAGCCGUUAAUAACAGAGGGAAUUUAGCAUUUCAAAGCUUUGUCCUGCCGCCUUCUUAUACUUCUCUUUAUCCCUCUCUCUCCAACUCUCCAUUCUUCCUCUCCAAACUUUCGAUAAAGAAACCACAGACACAGAAAACUCACUUUCAACUAAAAGCUCUCAAAAUGGUCUCAUCGAUGGUUCUAUCUUCUUACCCUUCUUCACGCCUAAAAUGCUCCCUCUCAAAUCCUCAGUCUGUGAUUAUGAUGUCAUCACCUCAGCCUACAGUGGCAGCUUCCUUUGCCGAGUUCAGAGGAUUGAGGAUCCAAAUGGGUUCAAAGUUGUCAACUUCGUUGGUUUCCAUUAAUACGAGGAGGAAUCCUAAGGUUUUUUCUCGUAUUGUGUCUGAAGCUCAAGAGACUGUUGUUGAUAUUCCUACAGUGACUGAUGAAACAUGGCAGUCACUUGUCAUCGAGGCUGAUGGCCCCGUGAUGGUCGAGUUUUGGGCUCCAUGGUGUGGACCCUGCCGAAUAAUCCAUCCAGUGAUAGCUGAACUAUCGACAGAAUAUGGUGGGAAGCUCAAGUGCUUCAUGUUGAAUACCGAUGACAGUCCUUCUACUGUGACCAAGUAUGGAAUUCGAAGCAUUCCAACUAUCAUCAUCUUCAAAAAUGGGGAGAAGAAACAUGCAAUCAUUGGUGCCGUGCCCAAAACCACACUAAUUUCCAAUAUUAAGAAACUCUUGUAGAGGAAGCUGGUAACAGAAUUCCUUCGAAAGAAUUCGACUCUUUUUUUUUUAAUGGGUUCAAGUAAUUUUCUUUUUCUGAAUUGUGAAUAAAAUCUACCUCCCAGCUGUGUGCUUACUUCUUUGUAAUUUUUGGCUGAGGUUAAUUUGCUUCCUGAAAGUGCUAGUUGGUUUGACCAACCAAGCAAUUAAGUUUGUCGAUGCAUGAUUUGAAAAUGAGAGCUGAUUAGGCCUGGCGUGGACCAA